AUGAAUUCUCCACAGCUGUACGUUGUGAAGCGAGAUGGUCGCAAGGAAGAUGUACAUUUUGACAAGAUCACCUCCAGGAUUAAAAAACUUUGCUAUAAUCUUAACAUGGACUUUAUUCAGCCGGUAUUUUCUCUCUCUUUCUUUCUCUCUCUCUCUUUCUCUCUCUCUCUUUCUCUCUCUCUCUCUCUUUCUCUCUCUCUCUCUCUUUUUCUCUCUCUCUCUCUUUUUCUCUCUCUCUCUCUCUUUUUCUCUCUCUCUCUUUCUCUCUCUCUCUCUCUCUUUUCUCUCUCUCUCUCUCUCUCUUUUCUCUCUCUCUCUCUUUUUCUCUCUCUCUCUCUCUCUCUCUUUUUUUCUCUCUCUCUCUCUCUUUUUUUUCUCUCUCUUUUUUUCUUCUUUUUCUCUCUCUCUCUUUUUCUCUCUUUUAAUUUUAAGCAAUUGCAGGAAAACAUCACCAUGAAGGUUAUCAAUGGCCUCUAUUCUGGUGUUACCACAAUGGAAUUAGACAAUCUGGCUGCAGAGACAGCAGCUACCAUGACCACAAAGCAUCCGGAUUAUGCCAUUCUGGCUGCCAGAAUUGCAGUGUCUAAUAUGCACAAAGAGACACAAAAAGUCUUCAGUGAUGUUAUUGAGAAUUUACAUGAGUAUGUGAACCCACAUACAAAGAAACAUUCCCCAAUGGUUUCUCCAGAAAUUUUUGAAAUUGUAAAGGAAAAUAAAGAGAGACUCAAUUCUGCCAUUAUUCAUGACAGGGAUUACAAAUACAAUUAUUUUGGCUUCAAGACUCUGGAGAGGUCAUAUUUAUUAAAAAUAAACAACAAAGUGGCUGAACGUCCUCAACAUAUGCUAAUGCGAGUGGCUGUUGGCAUUCACCAUAAUGAUAUUGACAGUGUCAUUGAGACCUACAACUUGAUGUCAGAGAAAUGGUUUAUCCAUGCUUCACCAACUCUGUUCAAUUCUGGGACUCUACGACCACAGUUAUCCAGCUGCUUUCUUUUGGCAAUGGAAUCUGACAGCAUUGAGGGUAUUUACAAUACUCUCAAGCAGUGUGCUCUCAUCUCGAAGAGUGCUGGUGGCAUUGGUCUUCAUGUUCACAACAUCAGAAGCUUUGGUAGUUAUAUUGCUGGGACCAAUGGAACAUCGAAUGGGUUGCUUCCAAUGCUUCGGGUAUUCAACAACACUGCUCGAUAUGUUGAUCAGGGUGGAAAUAAACGUCCUGGAGCAUUUGCCAUCUACUUGGAACCUUGGCAUGCUGAUAUUUUUGCUUUCUUGGAUUGCAAGAAAAAUACAGGUAAAGAUGAACAGCGUGCUCGAGAUCUCUUCUAUGCCUUGUGGAUCCCAGAUUUGUUCAUGAAGCGUGUAGAAGAUGAUGGAGAUUGGACAUUGAUGUGCCCAGAUGCAUGCCCUGGACUGUCGGAUGUCUGGGGCAAGGAAUUUGAAGAAUUGUAUACAAGUUAUGAAAAGGCUGGUAAAGGAAAGCGAACUCUAAAAGCCCAGCAGCUGUGGUAUGCGAUUAUAGAGUCCCAAACUGAAACUGGGACUCCUUAUAUGGUUUAUAAAGAUUCUUGCAACCGUAAAACCAACCAGCAAAACUUGGGAACCAUCAAGUGUAGCAAUCUUUGUACAGAGAUUGUUGAAUAUACCUCCCCUGAUGAGGUGGCUGUCUGUAAUUUGGCUUCUAUUGCAUUAAACAAAUAUGUCAAAUCUGAUCAAACAUUUGAUUUUGAGAAGCUCAUAGAAGUCACCAAAGUGAUAGUAAGGAACUUGAACAAAAUUAUUGAUGUGAAUUAUUACCCUGUUCCAGAGGCUGAAGUAUCCAACAAGCGCCAUCGGCCAAUUGGAAUUGGGGUGCAGGGUUUGGCUGAUGCCUUUAUUCUGAUGCGUUAUCCAUUUGACAGUGAAGAAGCCCAGGAACUAAACAAACAAAUUUUUUCCACCAUUUAUUAUGCAAGUCUGGAUGCAAGCUACAAUAUCUAUCUCUCUAUCUCUCUAUCUCUCUAUCUCUCUAUCUCUCUAUCUCUCUAUCUCUAUCUCUCUAUCUCUCUAUCUAUCUCUCUAUCUAUCUCUCUAUCUAUCUCUCUAUCUAUCUCUAUCUAUCUAUCUCUCUAUCCAUCUAUCUCUCUAUCUAUCUAUCUCUCUAUCUAUCUCUCUAUCCAUCUCUCAUCUAUCUAUCUCUCAUCUCUAUCUAUCUCUCUCUAUCUCCAUCUCUCUAUCUCUCCCUCUCUAUCUCUCUCUAUCUAUCUCUCUAUCUAUCAUCUCUAUCUCUCUCUCUAUCUAUCUAUCUAUCUAUCUAUCUCUCCAUCUAUCUAUCUAUCUAUCAUCCUAUCCUAUCUAUCUCUAUCUAUCUAUCCAUCUCUCUAUCUAUCUAUCUAUCUAUCUCUCUAUCUAUCCAUCCCAUCUAUCUCUCUAUCUAUCUAUCCCAUCUCUCUAUCCCAUCUAUCUCUAUCUCUCUCUAUCUAUCUCUCUCUCUCUAUCUCCAUCUCUCCAUCUCUCUAUCUCUAUCUCUAUCUCUAUCUCUCUAUAUCUCUAUCUAUCUCUAUAUCUAUCUAUCUCUAUCUCUAUAUCUCUCUCUAUCUCUAUAUAUCUCUCUCUCUAUCUCCUAUCUCUAUAUAUCUAUCUAUAUCUAUCUAUCUCUAUCUCUAUAUCUCUAUCUCUCUAUCUAUCUAUAUAUAUCUCUAUCUAUAUAUAUAUAUAUACAUCUCUAUAUAUCUCUCUCUAUCUCUAUCUAUCUCUAUCUCUCUAUAUAUAUAUAUAUCUCUAUCUAUAUAUAUAUAUAUAUCUAUCUAUAUCUAUAUCUAUCUCUAUCUAUAUAUAUCUAUCUCUAUCUAUAUCUAUCUCUCUCUAUCUAUAUAUAUAUAUAUAUAUCUAUCUCUAUAUAUAUAUAUCUAUAUAUAUAUAUAUAUAUCUCUCUCUAUCUCUAUAUAUAUAUCUAUCUCUAUAUCUCUAUAUAUAUCUAUCUCUAUCUCUAUAUAUAUAUAUAUAUAUCUCUCUCUCUAUAUAUAUAUCUAUAUAUCUCUCUAUCUCUAUAUAUAUAUCUCUAUCUCUCUCUAUAUAUAUAUAUAUAUCUCUCUCUAUCUCUAUAUAUAUAUUCUCCAAUAUGACAUGUGGAAUAUGGAUCCACAUCCAAUGCAUGACUGGGCUUCACUAAAAGCCAGAAUUGCCAAACAUGGAAUAAGAAAUAGUCUGUUGCUUGCUCCAAUGCCAACAGCUUCUACGGCACAAAUUUUAGGCAAUAAUGAAUCGAUUGAAGCAUACACAAGCAACAUUUACACACGCAGAGUUUUGUCUGGAGAAUUUAUGGUUGUAAACAAACAUUUAUUAAAAGAUUUGACUGAACGAGGCCUUUGGGACGACGACAUGAAAAAUAAAUUAAUUGCCAGCAAUGGAUCAGUACAGGAUUUGGCAGUUCCACAGGAACUGAAGGACUUGUACAAGACAGUGUGGGAAAUCUCUCAGAAAGUGGUUAUCAAGAUGGCUGCUGACCGUGGCAUUUACAUUGACCAAAGCCAGUCUCUCAAUCUUCACAUUGCAGAACCAAAUUAUGGCAAAUUAACCAGCAUGCACUUCUAUGCCUGGAAAAUGGGCCUCAAGACUGGUAUGUAUUAUCUCCGUACUAAGCCAGCUGCCAAUGCCAUCAAAUUUACUGUGGACAAAACAAAACUGAACUCUUCUGUUUCUGACAAAACAGAUUCUGUCAAGAAGCAAAACAUGGCGGCUAUGGCUUGUUCAAUCAACAACAGGGAAGAGUGUUUGAUGUGCAGUGCUUAA